AUGGGGGUUCGAUUUUGUACAGACGGCAAUUUAAUUUUAAUUGUGGUUGAGGAUUCCGAAGAAGAAAUUAGGUUGAAGCAGAAGAAGCAGAAGCAGCAGCAGCAGAAAAAAGAGAAAAAUAUAAAAGAAAGAAUAAAAGCAGCCAAGAAGAUCCAGGCCUGGUGGCGUGGCACCCUGGUACGCCAGACAUUGUUACACGCAGCCCUCAGGGCCUGGAUCAUUCAGUGCUGGUGGAGACUGACAAUGGACAGGCUGCGGCAGAAGAAGCGGAGGGCAGCCCUGAUUUCCUACGCACACACAGAGAGGGCAGUGGUCAAGCUCCAGUCUUUGGUCCGUAUGUGGCGCAUCCACUGGCGAUACUGCCAGGUGCUCAACGCCAUUUACAUCAUCCAGUACCACUGGCAAUGCCACAACUGCCAGACCUGUGCUCUUCUCCGGGGCCACUGUGUAGUCACAGCCGCUCACCUGCAGUUCCACAUUGAAAUCAUCAACCCCUAA